CAUACACUAGGUAAGCGGUUGUUUGACCUUGCUGCACCAGUGCAGUCCAAGACAGUCUGAACCUUUGAGCGAAAGUCGCCUUCUGUUAUGACUGUCUGAACUUCAUGCCAUGCAGAGCUCUUUCAUUCCAACCAACUCUUUGUGCUGACCAAUCUACCAAGCUACGCCCAAGCAUAACCAGGCCAUCGUCCCCAAUAUCGACGGCCAUCGACGAUCAUCAUCCAUCCGGGUCGAGCCCAUACGAUCUCUCAAUAUACACACGCUCGACCAAAGCGUGACCCAUACAUUCAGUAUAUCUCCCUCCAAUACCGCCAAGCUGUCUUCACCACUGCUCCUCCCUCGCACCAUCUCCUACGACGGGAGUUCAACCCCUCCUCGUCGAGGUGACGCAUAUCGAAACAUGUCGGCGGAAAAGAUGGGGAGGAGGAGACGGUCGAGCAGUUUAUUAUACCAAGAACCUCCGGAGAGCAUAGAGCACAUGAGCGAUCAAGCUGCGCUGCCAAAUUUGAAUGCAAACUGGGUCAAUGCGAAAGGUGCAUGGACCAUUCACAUUGUUAUUAUUGCUUGCCUGAAGAUCUUCUACGACAUUAUCCCGGGGGUCUCACAGGAAACCUCGUGGACACUGACAAACAUCUCAUACAUGUUUGGCUCCUAUCUGAUGUUCCAUUGGGUUCGCGGUGUUCCGUUCGAGUUCAACUCGGGAGCCUACGACAACCUGAAUAUGUGGGAGCAAAUUGACAACGGAGACCAAUACACCCCGGCGAAGAAGUUUCUGCUUAGCGUGCCUAUCGUUUUGUUUUUGCUCAGCACACACUACACACAUUACGACUUCACUUAUUUUACGAUCAACUUCUUGGCUGUCUUGGCCGUGGUAGUACCGAAGCUUCCAUCUAGCCACAGGAUGCGAGUUGGUUUGUUCUCGGGAGCACCGGAAGACAGGUAGCUGUUAGUUUAUAGCCUGUGUUAUUAGGAUAACUCGUCACUUCGAUAUCUGCCUCGAUGUUUCUAUAAUUGGUGGCUGCUCAAGCAUGCACCUGUCGGCGGAAUAGAAAUGUUAUAUAGGUCAAGAAUUUGGUUUACCAAUGCUUUAAGUAUCCCGGUGACUUUUUGGUUAUGAUUAUGGGCAUGCUUGUGGGCUAUGUCGUAACACAACGAGAGAUGAUGAAGGCUGUGGCAAGUAGGUGUAGCCCAACAUUGACGUAUCUCAGCUGAUAUGUGAGUUUGCAGCCAAGAGCACAGUUCGUAGAGUGGUUACUACAGACAGCAAGAUCAUAACAAGGCCGUAACAAGAUCAGA